CAAAGACGAAUCAAACGACAGCCAUCUGCCAUCAAUCAAAUAAAUUAUCCAAUAUGGCCGAUUGCUUGCCAUGGGGUUGUUCGCGGUUAAUUUUUACAAAUUCACUGUAAAAUUUAAUGUUAUUCAAUGAGAUAAUAUUGCCUUACGAUAUAAUGUAAGUCAAUGCACCUAAUGAAGACUUUUCAGCAAGUGCGCUGAAGAUGCCAGUUAACUCUGUAUCGGAAACGAAAAAAGGUGUUGAGAGAACAAGAUUAACUUUGUCAUUAAACAGGAAUAAUGCGACUCAUUUGAACAACGAAAAUCAGAGGCCCAGCUAUAAACCGAAAGAGAAUUCAGAUCCGCACAAAUCUAGUGAUAAUAAAGAAAACAAGCCUCUGAAAAGGCCGUUCAAAAGUGUGUUCGCUAACACAUUAAGUGCCGCUAAGAAAUUGAAGCCUCUAAGUGAGCCAUCGACAUCUGCAGUGAAGGUAUCAAAGCCAGAGUUAGUAAUACUGGAGCCGUCACCAAGCUCUGCCAUGUUGAAUGGCCACCACCAGUCUGACAGUCAGUAUGGGGCGAGUGUGCAGAGGAAGACUCCCGUCGCGACACUCUCCAAUUUGGGCAACACUUGUUUUCUCAACAGUGUGCUUUAUACUUUACGUUACGCACCACGCUUCCUACACAACUUACACCACUUAGUAUCCGAUCUGGCGAGUGUGGAACAAAAACUGGGCAGCAUUAGGUUAAAAAGUUCAUCACUUGGUCGAAGUGCUGCUGGCCUGGCCUCAUCAGGAACCAGGUCGUGGAGCAGCAAGGAUUUACUGUCCUUGGGACAGUCUGAUAAUAGUUCGGGAAAGAGUAAAAUACAGAUAGCAACAGAGAAACUCCAUGAGACCUACUCCAACCUAAAAGCCGCUGAGAAUAAAUGUAUGAACAGCAACAAUGCUGACGCUUGUCCUGAACCGUACGCUGCGGACGCCUUCCUAGCGGCGCUUAGAGAUGUCAAUUCUACCUUUGAAGGUAACCGGCAGCAGGACGCGCACGAGCUGCUCGUGUGCAUCCUCGACAACAUCCGCGAGACGUGCCGCGCGCUCGCCAACCGCGCCGCCAACCUGCACCACCACCACGACAGCAACGGCAUCGGCAAGCAGCCGAGUCUAGACGGCGACAGUGGCAAGCCGACGCUCGGCAACCUGCGCAAGUCGUGGAAGAAACGUAAAGAAGUGAAGACGACGGAGAAAAGGAGUUCGCCGACGGAGGAGCGCGCGCCCUCGCCGCCCGAGCCCGAGAAAGACGAACGAUCCAAACCAGGGUGGGACUUCGUGGCCGAGGAUUUUGAAGGCACGAUGGUGGUGCGCACGAUGUGCCUGGAGUGCGAGGCGGUGACGGAGAAGGCGCAGGCGGUGUGCGAGCUGUGCGUGCCGGUGUGCGACGACGAGCCCGCCGCCGAGCCCUUCCGCGCCGCCUGCCUCUCCACCGAGUACCUGCGCGACCAGAACAAGUACUGGUGCGAGCGGUGCCUCCGCUACAACGAGGCGCGGCGCAGCGUGGCGUACUCGCGACUGCCGCGGCUGCUGGUGCUGCAGCUGAAGCGGUUCAGCGGCGGCAUGGAGAAGAUCACGCGCCACGCGCCCACGCCCAUGCUCAUGCCGUGCUUCUGCGAGACUUGCGCCGCCAGGGAGCCCGAUCAACAGCCCGCGCACAGAUACAUCUUAUGGGCAGUGAUCAUGCACCUGGGCCAGUCGCUGUCGGGCGGGCACUACGUGUCGUACGCGCGCGCGGCGCCGUGCGGGUUCCGAUGCGCGCGCGCCACCGACGCAGCCUCCUCCUCCGGCUUCAUGCGCGCACUGUUCAGCCGUCGAGCAACGCCCGCCGCCUGCGCCGCCGCUGACUGCUGCGUACCGCGCGCAAGCGACACCUGGCUCGCCUGCGACGACGACCUCGUCAAACCCAUCUCCGCUGACGAGUUCGAGGAUCUGUUAUCCGCUGAACCGAAGAUGCGCUCUGCAGCAACACCAUACCUACUGUUCUACGUCAAGAACGAAGUUGGCUAGUGAAGGCCGAAAUCCGUGUCGUCGAGGCCAUCCCUAUGGAUGCGUUUGAGGAUUAUCUGCUGGGCCGAAUGGGCGCCCGGCCGCGACCUGCUAUCUGCUGUUCUACGUGAAACCGAGGUUGAUUAGUGACGGUCGAGUGUGUUAGCGUAGUGUUGUGACCUUUCGCGGCUUGGAACUCUUCAUGUUACCGCAUUGGCUUUGUUGCGUUUAUUUUUGCGAAUUAAAAACAAUUCAAAUUCACGAAAACUCAAUAAAACAUUUAUGAUUAACGUGUUGCUAACUGACCAAUACCUAUUUUUUCUAAUGAAAUGAAUUAAAUUAAUUUUCUUCAACAAGUAUGUCAUUAAAACAUAAUAUGAUGUAUUUAUUUACAUUAUUUCAAAGUUUUUUGAUAUGAAGAGUUCAAAUCGCAUCGCAAAUUGCUGCAAUGAGUAUUGUAAUGUGAUGAAUUGGUUAGGAUGAACAUGAUAGGAACAUGCAACUAUGAUAUAAGGAUAGCACAAACUCUUGUUAAAUAUUAUGAUAAGUAUGGUUCCUAAGUAGUACACAAAACAUAUAAGAAAAAAAUCACAUAACAUUUCUAUGUUGAUCCAUUCCCAAAAUAUGAUUCACACAAGUGACGUCAGUCAAAACUGGAUCACAAUAUUUGUAGAUAGAACAUAAACUCCCAUUUUAUAGCACACAAAGGUUGUUUAAAUAAAAUAUAAAUGUUCAUUUCAUAUAGAUAUAAAAAUUUAUAAACGGCACCAUAGUUGCAUACUCCUAAUUUCUAUGUCGUAUUGUAUUCACUGUUUAGAUGCUUAAAAGACAUGUAUAAAGAAGACACCGAGUGUAAUUUGUGUCGGCCUGAAGUGAUAUUAUGAAUGUAGCUAAAUUAAAGUAGUGUAUAUUUGAGAAUGAUCAAAGUAUAUUGUAAAAUAUUUCAAACAUAUUUUCACUUGUUACAAACCGACAAUACUGACUCAAAUAUUAAAUAGUUAUGUAAACUUCCAUUGUAUGCAUGAUGUAUAUCUGUUGAUGCGUAUAAUCUCUAUAAAUGUAUGACAGCAUUGAAAGUAUUGGCCUAAUGUGUUACGAAGCAAGUGUUGACAAUAUUGUUUUGGAUUGUGAAUAUUCAUUGUUCAUAGAUGUAAACCUGCUGUUAUAAUAGUACAAAUGAUUCUUUCGUUGUUACUCAGACUGCUGUACCUAAGGGAACAAAUGUGCCGUGUGCCUCGCUGCUGUCGCAUCAAGGCGUAGUUAAACAUUUCAAAUUGUAUUGCAUCGUAUAACUGGUGUUCAUAGGUCAAGUACAAAAAGUAAUUCUUUAAAACAGAUUCAACUCUAGCCUAACUUUUUAUAUCCUGUUGAAAUGUUGUAAAAAGAGUACCUAUUUAUGGACAUUUUUAUUUGAUGUUUAAAAUAAAUUAUAAUCAUUCGCGGUUUUUAUUUUUAAGAGCAAUUCAUAAAACAUAGAGAAUAGCUUUUUGGACUAGACCUUUUGAGAAAGCGGUAGAUUGUGUUACGCAUCAAUUAAAUAUUUAUCCGUAUUGUUCGUCAAUUCGUAAGCUAUCGUACAAACUUAUAAACAUUUUUGCAAACAUCGUCAGUAGUUGAAAUAAAUGAAUAAAUGACCAGUGGACAAUAUGCUUUUUUUGUGGCAGUUUUAUCGCACAUUAUUUACUCUUAUAAUGUCCAGUUUAACAUUAUUUCAUCCAAAUAUUCCUGCAUAUAAAAACUGAUGAUUUUUUAUAAAAACGCAGAAUAAAUGAGUUUGUUUAGUUCUGCAUAUCUCAGGAAUAGGACGGGUGACUAAAGAACAUGCAUGCUGUCAAAAAUUGUAUAAUAAUUUUUAUAGUCUGGACAAUUAAUUAUUUGGUACAUCAAUACGUUCAUCACUACAACGAUACAAUUAUUGCCUGCUAUUUAAAUAAUGACUGCUUUUUAUACACAUUUUAAUACCUACAACUUGUUUUAAAGAUAGUUUUGCUACCUUACCACUCAAUAUAUUUUUCUAUGUGGUUAUUAUUUCUAUGUAAAUAUAGGUUAUGCUUUUGUCUAAUCUUGGUAACUCGGAAUGUUUAUUUGAAUGUGUUUGCGUCGUUCUUGCAAUGUAAUAAAACGUAGUAAUGGAUGUUAUAUGAACUCGCUUUGUGCUGCAAUUGGUGACAAAAUCUAACAAAUUAAGCCACUAGUUACAAAUUGUUACCAAUAUUGUGCUUCUUUAUUUCUGAAAACUGAAUGUAUGCAAAAGCGGCGCGUUAACACUUAUUUAAAUUAUAUUAAUUUUGUACGUAAUCUGCGGAUGCCAUUCCAAAAACCUUUGAAAAAGGUGAAAAUUCUUGUCAGUAGCUGUAUGAAUUUUGUUUUUAAUAAUUGGAAAAUGUUUUAACAAUGAUGAUUCUCGUUCAUUUUCAUUGUAAAUUGAAUAAUAAAAUAAGUUCAGUAAA